CUUGCAUAGAGAGGCUGGUUCCCACUAUAGAAGUGCAAGACAAACUUUCGAAGGAGUUGAGCUUUUAUAAGAAUUCUGAAGGGUUAUUUGGCAAACAAAUAUGUAUUAGAGGAAAGAAUCAAUUAUCCCCAGGUAACACAGUUUUCUAAAUUAUCUAAUUUAGAAUAGAUCAAUAAUCUAUAUUUUUAAUUGCUAAUUUGUAUGUGUUUUUCUCAGUUGAAUGGUGGUCUCAAUUUGGUACUGGAACCCCUAAUUUGCAAAAGUUUGCCAUGAAGAUUUGUAGUCUCACUUGUAGCUCUUCAGGUUGUGAAAGAAAUUGGAGUAUCUUUGAGCAUCUUCAUAACAAAAAGAGAAAUCGAUUGGAGCAACGUCUUAAUGAUUUGGUAUUUGUGAAGUAUAAUAGAGCUUUGAGACGUCGCUUCAAUUUACGUAAAUCAAUAGAUCCCAUUUCCUUGGAUGAAAUUGAUGAAAGUAAUGAGUGGUUGCUUGGGACAAUUGACCAACUUGAUGAUUCAGAUAAUGAACUUGUACAUGAGGGCGAUGAUUUAACAUGGGUUGAUGUUUCUAGAGCUUCCGGUGUUGAAAAAGCUCACUAUGCAACUAGAUCAAAUGCUCCAACUCUAAAUUUGACAAAGAGUAGAAGAAGCGCUACUACUUCAAAUGCUCCAAUUGAACCUGAUGAAGAUGAAGAGGAAGAGAGAUAUGAUGUGGAAGAAGAGGAUAUUGGAGAUGAUGUUUCUGAUGAUGGGAAUAUGGAAAUGUUAGAUCUUGAUGUUGACAACGAGGAUGAUUUUUAGAUUAUCUAAUCUUAAUUAGGAUUUAAGAUCUACAAAUCUCUUUUGAAUUUAAUCUAAUUUUAGUUAAAGACUUUUCUUACAAAUAUUUUUAACUUCUGUGAUACUUAUAUAUUUUGGUUGCUGAAAUAUGUUUGGAUUUGUUGUGCUGGAA